AUGUUAGAAGGUGCAAAAUCAAUAGGUGCAGGAGCUGCUACAAUUGCUUCAGCGGGAGCUGCUAUCGGUAUUGGAAACGUCUUCAGUUCUUUGAUCCAUUCUGUGGCGCGAAAUCCAUCAUUGGCUAAACAAUCAUUUGGUUAUGCCAAUGAUGGCCUUUUUGAUCUUAUUCGUAUUCUGAUCGAAGAAAGAAGGUUUCAUUCAGUCUCAUAA